GAGGGACGAUUGCCGCUCGGUGACUGGCUCGGGCGGGUGGCCGAGAGGCCCCGCCCCUUGGCCCGAGGGCUUUGCCCGGACACCGUGAGGAGAAGCCGAGGAGGCAGAGCCGGAGCGGGGGUCGAACGCGAGGCAGCCUGCUAGGGGGCGCGCUGGGGCCGGGGCCGCUGCCUGGGGCCAGGAAGAGAGUGGCUCCUCAGGGGACGGGACGGCCCAACCGCCGCCAGGAGAAGGUUGGUGUCAGGAAGGGGAGAACUCUUGACAGUUUGGCAAUAGCUGGGAACUCAACAUGCAUGGGGAGAGGAUCUCAUCUUUGCCCGCAAAUCCUCGUGCACUACAUGUUCAGUAAAAGGGGGCGCCAGCCAUGGAGGACAAGCGCAACAUCCAGAUCAUUGAGUGGGAGCACCUGGACAAGAAGAAAUUCUACGUCUUUGGCGUCUGCAUGACCAUGAUGAUCCGGGUCAGUGUGUACCCCUUCACGCUUAUCCGGACGCGGCUGCAGGUCCAGAAGGGAAAGAGCCUCUACAACGGGACCUUUGACGCUUUUGUCAAGAUCCUGCGGGCCGAAGGGGCGGCUGGGCUCUACCGGGGCUUCUUGGUCAACACCUUCACCCUGAUCUCAGGCCAGUGCUACGUGACGACGUACGAGCUCACUCGCAAGUACUUCUCUCAGUACACCAGCAGUAACGCGGUCAAGUCUCUAUUGGCCGGUGGCUCAGCCUCCCUCGUGGCCCAGAGCAUCACAGUGCCCAUCGAUGUGAUCUCCCAGCAUUUGAUGAUGCAACGGAAAGGCGAGACCAUGGGCCGGUUCAGAGUGCAGACCCACGAGGGGAAACGGUUCCCGGUCUUCGGACAAACGCGGGACAUCAUCGCACAGAUCUUCAAGGCUGACGGGCUGAGGGGGUUCUACAGGGGCUAUGUGGCCUCCCUACUCACUUACAUUCCCAACAGCGCCGUCUGGUGGCCCUUCUACCAUUUCUAUGCAGCUUUCCAGCCUGACACCCAAGGACUGUCCACACUUGCUCCUCCAAGCCAUAUCCGGGCCAAUGGCCGCUGCAACAGCUUCCACUCUCACCAACCCCAUGGAUGUCAUCCGGGCUCGCGUGCAGGUGGAAGGCAAGAGCUCCAUUGUUCUCACUUUCAAGCAGCUGGUAGCAGAGGAAGGGCCUUGGGGCCUGAUGAAAGGCCUCUCGGCCCGCAUCAUCUCCGCCACCCCUUCCACCAUUGUCAUCGUGGUGGGCUACGAGACUCUGAAGAAACUGAGCCUCCGUCCAGAGUUGGUAGACUCAAGGCACUGGUAGCGAAACUGGGGAAGGGGGAGUCGGACUUGGUUGUAAUCUCUUGGACCAUUGGCAUGGUUGAAAAGCCACCAAAAAGUGAGCCCGGAGAGCUUUCUAACAAGUAUUUGUUAGUGAAGGAUUAAAUGCAAAGGACAAUAUAUAAAAAGUCCCCUUCCCCAGUAUUUGUCUACCCCUUUGGAUUGAUUGCAGCAUUCUGUAAAAGAAAGCACCUACUGUAAAAACUCCUUGCUCAUAUGUGAAGGAACCCCGGCGCCUCUUCUUUUUUCCUUUUUGAAUUAAAAGGAAACACACCACAACUAAACGAAUGAAGCAAAACAA